CUGAGGGCAGGCCGGCACAGGCAAAGGUUUCAGCAGCAGGAAGACAGGAACACAUACAACUUUGACCUCAUGUGAGUUGCAUCAGGUUUUGACUGGAAGUAGAUGGCAUUCCUGUGGGAGGAUUAUUUGACAACACACGAGGGCUUUUAUAUUGACAUUUCUGAGCGGAAGUGGUCUCGAAUUUUCGCAACCUUGACAGUAGGUGAAGUUCCGUCAACUGCAGCGAAAUGGAGUGUCAAUGUGAGAAGGAGGAUGCCAUUACAGACUGGUGGCAGAACAGCAACAGCAUCCAGAUGGGAGCUUUCACUGUAGUGGGGUAUCUUCUCUACAGAUUCUCACAGAGAUUUUCCUCCAAGUUCAAGUGGCUAGUUGCUGUCAUCAAAGCAAUCACAGGGUCAGAGAUCGAUCCGACCGACAGCCACAACAAACCAGGCCUGAGGUUGAUCCUCCUGGGCCCCACUGGUGGAGGACGGACCUCUCUGGCAGAUACUUUGUUGGGCGAUAGUGAGACAAAGGCGCCCAUGGGUCCCCUAAUGGAGAGCACCAGGAGAAGGGCUGUAAUAGAGGGUAGAGAGGUUAGAGUGAUCGACACCCCAGAUCUUUUGGGGCCGUCAUUGGAGAACAACAAGAGAGCCAGGGAAGCUAUGAGGAGCCUUCAGCUGGCCAGCCCUGGACCACACGCCUUCCUGCUGGUGAUCCAAGCUCCGGGCUCCAGCAUGGGUAUCAACCAGGAUGCGGCUCAGGCGAUCAGAGUCACCCUUGGACUGUUUGGAGACGAGGCGGUGGGGUACAUCAUCCCAGUGCUCACUCAUGCAGACCGUCUGGGGCGAAUGCAUACUGUAGAUGAGCUGCUGGAUGUGGACAAUGGGGGUCUGAGAAAAGCUCUGUCUCUAUGCGAGCAGAGGCCAGAGCUUGUGGACAACAGGCCAGACUGCCCCCUGGAGGCUCAGAGUGUGAUGCUCAGGCAGCUGGUAGGGCGUGUGGUGGAGAUGAAGACACUAAGGGGGCAUUUUGUCCACGAGCUGCAGAGGAGGGAGGACUGCAUGAGGGAGGAGCUGCUAGCUGACAUGGCUUCUGCGCUGGCUAGAAAACUGGGACGCAUGUAAAUAAAAGAGGGAGAUGGCGAGAUGGUGUUGUUGGUGGGUGUGGGACAGAGUUGUUGGGGUAGUGAAAAAAUAAGGAGACAACAUUCAUUUAAGUGUUGAAAAUGCAAUUUCGAGUUUUGGGUGCCAGCAUGAUUCUGAGGUAUUUUUGUCACUCUGCUGGUUUACCACUGUCCAAAUGAAUUUACUACCACUGGCCGCCUUGUGGUUUUCAACAUGCCACAGAUACUUUUGGUUAGAUAUCGUGCUCACACAUUCUUAACUUUCCCAUUCUGUUGUAGUUCUUCGAUGGCUGUUUAUUCCUUUGUAUGGCCUUCUGCUUCAUGUUUUCUUACUCUGCUCCAGUGCUUAGCCCUCCCCUAUCUUUCAUAAUUUAUAAGAGACAUCAAACUUUAAAGAUUAUCAGGGGAAAUAAACUGAAGUCAUACAGGGACCAGAGUUCAGCAGUGCUGCUCAAUGUACUCUUUGUUGCCUCCAGAAGCCUCUGAAACAGCAUUUAAACCAAAAUAAAAUAUAUAAAUAUGAAAAA